GUCCUGGCCGCAGGUGACCCGGAGGCCCUCGCCGCCCGCAGCGCCCCGAGCGCUUUGUGAGCAGAUGCGGAGCCGGGCGGAGGGCGCGAGCCAGACGCGGGGCGACAGCUGACUUGCUGCGAGGAGUCGCGGAGGCGCGGAGCGCGCGGGGGGUCCCUGCGCCGCUGACUUCUCCACGGGUGCCUGGACACCGCAAGGGUACUGAUGAAGAGUAAAUCAAAGGGUUUAGCAGAAUGCCUGGCACAUGAUAAACUUCUCACAAUGAAGGCCUCCGCUGUGCUUGCACCUGGCAUUCUUGCGCUCCUGUUUGCUUUGGUGCAGGGGAGCAAUGGGGAGUGUCAAGAGACGCUGGCGAAGUCCGAGAUGAAUGUGAACAUGAAGUAUCAGCUUCCCAACUUCACCGCGGAAACACCCAUCCAGAAUGUCGUCCUACAUGAGCAUCACAUUUACCUCGGUGCCACUAACUACAUUUAUGUUUUAAAUGACGAAGACCUUCAGAAGGUUUCUGAGUACAAGACUGGGCCCGUGCUGGAACACCCUGAUUGUUUCCCGUGUCAGAACUGCAGCAACAAUGCCAACUUAUCAGGCGGCAUUUGGAAAGAUAACAUCAACAUGGCUCUGCUCGUCGACAGGUACUACGAUGACCAGCUCAUUAGCUGUGGCAGCGUCAACAGAGGGGCCUGCCAGCGACACAUCCUUCCCCCCGAUAACCCUGCUGACAUACAGUCAGAGGUUCAUUGCAUGUUCUCCCCACAGGCAGACGAAGAGCCCAGCCAGUGUCCCGACUGCGUGGUGAGCGCCCUGGGAGCCAAAGUCCUCCUGUCCGAGAAGGAGCGGUUCAUCAACUUCUUUGUGGGCAAUACCAUAAAUUCUUCUUAUUUCCCAGAUCAUCCACUGCAUUCAAUAUCAGUGAGAAGGCUAAAGGAAACACAAGAUGGUUUUAAGUUUUUGACCGACCAGUCCUAUAUUGAUGUUUUACCUGAGUUCCGAGAUUCUUACCCCAUUAAGUAUGUCCAUGCCUUUGAAAGCAACCAUUUUAUUUACUUUUUGACAGUCCAAAGGGAAACUCUCGACGCUCAGACUUUUCACACUAGAAUAAUCAGGUUCUGUUCCAUGGACUCUGGGUUACAUUCCUACAUGGAAAUGCCGCUGGAGUGCAUUCUCACCGAGAAGAGAAGAAAGAGAUCCACAAGGGAGGAAGUGUUUAAUAUCCUUCAAGCUGCAUAUGUCAGUAAGCCUGGGGCCCAACUUGCUAAGCAAAUAGGAGCCAGCUUGAAUGAUGACAUUCUUUUCGGGGUGUUCGCACAAAGCAAGCCGGAUUCUGCGGAGCCGAUGAAUCGAUCAGCCGUCUGUGCCUUCCCCAUCAAAUACGUCAAUGAAUUCUUCAACAAGAUUGUCAACAAAAACAACGUGAGAUGUCUCCAGCAUUUUUAUGGACCCCAUCACGAGCACUGUUUUAAUAGGACACUUCUGAGAAAUUCGUCAGGCUGUGAAGUGCGCAGGGAUGAAUAUCGAACAGAGUUUACCACGGCUUUGCAACGCGUUGACUUAUUCAUGGGCCAAUUCAACCAAGUCCUCCUGACAUCUAUAUCCACUUUCAUUAAAGGAGAUCUCACCAUUGCUAAUCUUGGGACGUCAGAAGGUCGCUUCAUGCAGGUUGUGGUUUCUCGAUCAGGAUCCUCAACCCCUCAUGUGAAUUUCCAACUGGAUUCCCACCCUGUGUCUCCAGAAGUGAUUGUGGAGCACCCGUUAAACCAGAAUGGCUACACACUGGUUGUCACUGGGAAGAAGAUCACCAAGAUCCCACUGAAUGGCCUGGGCUGUGGACAUUUCCAGUCUUGCAGUCAGUGUCUCUCUGCCCCUUCCUUUGUGCAGUGUGGCUGGUGCCACGAUAAAUGUGUGCGAUCAGAGGAAUGCCCCAGUGGGACAUGGACUCAAGAGAUCUGUCUGCCUGCAAUCCACAAGGUUUUCCCAACCAGCGCACCCCUUGAAGGAGGGACGAUGCUAACCAUAUGUGGCUGGGACUUUGGAUUCCGGAGGAAUAAUAAAUUUGACUUAAAGAAAACCAGAGUUCUCCUUGGAAAUGAGAGUUGUACCUUGACCUUAAGUGAAAGCACAACAAAUAUGUUGAAAUGCACAGUUGGUCCUGCAAUGAAUGAGCAUUUCAAUAUGUCCAUCAUUAUUUCAUACGGUCGAGGGACGGCACAAUAUAGUACAUUUUCCUAUGUGGAUCCUGUAAUAACGAGUAUUUCCCCAAGUUACGGUCCUAAGGCUGGUGGCACUUUACUCACUUUAGCUGGAAAGUACCUGAACAGUGGGAAUUCUAGACACAUUUCAAUUGGUGGAAAAACAUGUACUUUAAAAAGUGUCUCAAACAGUAUUCUUGAAUGUUAUACCCCAGCCCAAAUCAUUUCAACUGAGUUUCCUGUUAAAUUGAAAAUUGACUUAGCCAACCGAGAGACAAGCAGCUUCAGUUAUCGGGAAGACCCCAUUGUCCAUGAAAUUCAUCCAACCAAAUCUUUUGUUAGUGGUGGGAGCACAAUAACAGGUGUUGGAAAAAACCUGAAUUCAGUUAGUGUCCCAAGGAUGGUGAUACAUGUGCAGGAAGCAGGAAGGAACUUUACAGUGGCAUGUCAACACCGUUCUAAUUCAGAGAUAAUCUGCUGUACCACUCCUUCGCUACAACAGCUGAAUCUGCGACUCCCCCUGAAAACCAAAGCCUUUUUCAUGUUAGAUGGGAUCCUUUCCAAAUACUUUGAUCUCAUUUAUGUACAUAAUCCUGUGUUUAAGCCUUUUGAAAAGCCAGUGAUGAUCUCAAUGGGCAAUGAAAAUGUACUGGAAAUUAAGGGAAACGAUAUUGACCCUGAAGCAGUUAAAGGUGAAGUAUUAAAAGUUGGAAAUAAGAGCUGUGAGAAUAUCCACUCACAUUCUGAAGCCGUUUUAUGCACGGUCCCCAAUGACCUGCUGAAAUUGAACAGCGAGCUAAAUAUAGAGUGGAAGCAAGCAGUUUCUUCAACCAUCCUUGGAAAAGUAAUAGUUCAACCAGAUCAGAAUUUCACAGGAUUGAUUGUUGGUGUUGUCUCAAUAUCAAUAAUACUCUUAGUACUACUCGGGCUUUUCCUGUGGAUGAAAAAGAGAAAGCAAAUUAAAGAUCUGGGCAGUGAAUUAGUUCGCUAUGAUGCAAGAGUACACACUCCUCAUUUGGAUAGGCUUGUAAGUGCCCGAAGUGUAAGCCCAACUACAGAAAUGGUUUCAAAUGAAUCUGUAGACUACCGAGCUACUUUUCCAGAAGACCAGUUUCCUAACUCAUCUCAGAAUGGAUCAUGCAGACAAGUGCAGUAUCCUCUGACAGACCUGUCCCCCAUCCUAACUAGUGGGGACUCUGAUAUAUCCAGUCCAUUACUGCAAAAUACUGUCCACAUUGACCUCAGUGCUCUAAAUCCAGAGCUGGUCCAGGCAGUGCAGCACGUUGUGAUUGGGCCCAGUAGCCUGAUUGUGCAUUUCAAUGAAGUCAUAGGAAGAGGGCAUUUUGGUUGUGUGUAUCAUGGGACUUUGCUGGACAAUGAUGGCAAGAAAAUUCACUGUGCUGUGAAAUCCUUAAAUAGAAUCACUGACAUAGGAGAAGUUUCCCAGUUUCUUACUGAAGGAAUCAUCAUGAAAGAUUUCAGCCAUCCCAAUGUCCUGUCACUCUUGGGCAUCUGCCUGCGAAGCGAAGGGUCUCCCCUGGUGGUCCUACCAUACAUGAAACAUGGAGAUCUUCGAAAUUUCAUUCGAAAUGAGACGCAUAACCCAACUGUAAAAGAUCUUAUUGGCUUUGGUCUUCAAGUAGCCAAAGGCAUGAAAUAUCUUGCAAGCAAAAAGUUUGUCCACAGAGACUUGGCUGCAAGAAACUGUAUGCUGGAUGAAAAAUUCACUGUCAAAGUUGCUGACUUUGGCCUUGCCAGAGAUAUGUAUGAUAAAGAAUACUACAGUGUACACAACAAGACAGGUGCAAAACUGCCAGUGAAGUGGAUGGCUUUGGAAAGUCUGCAAACUCAGAAGUUUACCACCAAGUCAGAUGUGUGGUCCUUUGGCGUGCUCCUCUGGGAGCUGAUGACAAGAGGAGCCCCACCUUAUCCCGACGUGAACACCUUUGAUAUAACCGUUUACUUGUUGCAAGGCAGAAGGCUCCUACAACCCGAGUACUGCCCAGACCCCUUGUAUGAAGUGAUGCUAAAAUGCUGGCACCCUAAAGCCGAAAUGCGCCCAUCCUUUUCCGAACUGGUCUCCAGGAUCUCAGCAAUCUUCUCUACUUUCAUCGGGGAACACUACGUCCACGUGAAUGCUACUUAUGUGAAUGUGAAAUGCGUUGCUCCGUAUCCCUCUCUGCUGUCAUCACAAGAUAACAUCAAUGGCGAGGGGGACACAUGAUGGAUGGAUACCCCACAAGCCCCUUCCUGGGGGACACCAUAGCACUAGUCCAAACAGCAGUCCACAAUUUGUCCAAUAGCUUUUUCACUGCCUGGCCUUUGAAAGGUCAUCAAUAUUUGUUGCUUUUGCCAAAAUUGCACUAUUGCAGGACUUUGCAUGUUAUUUAAAUUGUUGGAAUCUAAGGAGUUUCUCAUCUGACAAAGCAUCAGAACCAGAGGCUUGGUCCCAUGGGCCAGGGACUCAACAGCAACUCUGCAGCUGUGAUGACACUCCUGUCACAUCGGAGUCCAAAACCUGAAUUCUGGGUUGAAAUUUUUAAAAAGCAGGGUCCUACUUGAAGUCAUAUGAGGAACUGAGGCAAUGGAUUUUAAGAGCUUCUAGAUCACAGAAAAUUCAGAAGAAAUGGUGAUGUCCAGGACAGACAUGGCAGCCCCAGGACCAGGCCACUCGUGUAGAAUUCCAGUGUUUCAAAAAACUCUUAUGCAUUGUAUGGUCACUAACAUUUUUUGUUACUGAUGUUGUCAUUCACCCAUUAGGUAAACAUUCCCUUUAAAAUUUUUGUAUGAACAUUCCUUUUGUUGAAAGAAUACCCAUAGGCAUUGCAGUCAAAGUUUCAAAAUAGCAUGACACAAAAUGUGUUUGUAAAUGAACAGGCAUAUUUACGUAUUGUACAUAAACCACAUUAAGAAGAUUUUCAUGAAAUAGCUUAGUCACAAUGAAACAUUUAGCUGUCAUUUAAAAAUCAACUGUUUGAGAACGAUACUGCUCUGAUCUAAUGAAUGUGGAGAUGUAGGAGUUUUGUCUGUAUUUUUUUUUAAUGACGACUCUGAAAAUAAAACCAGUCAUUUGUGAUGACAAAUGUUUUUAAAGGUAACUUAGCAUGUUUUUAAAGCAGAAUACAUUUUACUAAAAGUUCAUUGAUUCCAAUCACAGCUCAUAAGUAGAGCAAAGAAAGGGUCAAUGGAUUGGCAAUAUUAGCCUUUUUCUCAGGUGACAGCUUCCACCUCACAAACAACUGGAGACAAAUCUUGGGGAAUCCCAUUUUGCAUUAGGACAGCAGUCCCCAACCUUUUUGGCACCAGGGAGGGGAUUCAUGGAAGACAAUUUUUCCGCGGUUUGCAGGCGGGGGCGGAGCUCAGGCGGUGAUGCAAGUGGCUGUAAAUAUGUAAAUACAGAUGAAGCUUCCUUCGCUUCACUCGCCCAUAGCUCACCUCCUGCUCCGUGUGCCCCCUCCCAGUCCCUAAGUUUCAUGGAAGACAAUUUUUCCAUGGACUGGGGCAAGGGGGCGGGGCUCAGGCAGUGACGUAACACCCGGUUCCUAACAGGCCACGGACUGGUACCAGACCACAGUGCCCGCAGGGGGUUGGGGACUGCAGCAUUAGGACGUGUUUUGUUUUAAGCAAAACAUAUUUUAGAAACAAACAAAAAAGAGCAAAUUUGAAAAUUCUGGCUAUUUCACCUGGAUGAAUAGCUACUCUGGGCAGGCCUUUUGUGAUGGUUUUUUUUUUGUGGAAUUUUGUGCUUACUACUGUAUAGUGCAUGUGGCGUAGGUUACUCUAACUGGUUUUGUCGAUGUAAACAUUUAAAGUAUUAUAUUUUUAUAAAAAUGUUUAUUUUUAAUGCUGUAAGAGAAAUUUUGUUAGGCCACAAAAAACACUGCACUGUGAACAUUUCAGAAAAGGUAUGUCAGACGCAGAUUAAUAACAGCAUGACUUUAAAUGGGUGUAAAUAGUGAUAAGAAAUGCACUGGCUGCCAGUACACCCCACCCUCAUUACAUCACCAGGACUUGAAGCCAAGGGUUAACACAGCAAGCUACACAGAGAGCAUGUCACACUGAAACCCAAUAGUUGAGUUUGGCUGUUGUUGCAGGAAAAUGAUCACAACCCAAAGCUUUUUUGACAAUGGUGGGACUUGCCAAGAGACACAAGGAAUUGAAUUGCAGAAAUAUUUCAGUUCAACCAUUACUAUUUCAUAAAUGUAAAAAAUAAUACUAAUUUACGGAGUAUUGUAAAUGGUGAUGACAAAAAAAAAAAAUCUGCUCUGUGGAAAGAAAUAACUAUCUCUACUGAGAUCAAGAGGAUGAAUGCAUCAAGAUCAGAAAGAGCUUGUGGAAACAACCCAUCAACAGGACUGCACACCUGUAUAUACAUGUUUGAAAACACUGCAAUGUGAAAGUCAGGUUUGCUAUUUAUAAACUUGUCCUUAGGUUAAUGUGUCAGGACAGAUUGCGAGAGUAAGUGAUUCUUCUAAGAAUUAGAUACUUGUCACUGCCUAUACCUGCAGUUAAGCUGAAUGGUACUUUGUAUGUUAAUAGUCGUUGUUCUGAUAAAUCAUACAAUUAAAGUGAUGUAACAUCUUGUA